AGUUCAGGAGCCUGGUUAAGAAGCGUCGCGCCCAAAUCAGGUUAUAAACCAUGAGCUGGGCGGUGGAGGAGUGGAAGGAUGGACUUCCAGGGAAAGCCCUGCAGAAGAUCCAGGAGAUGGAAGUCCAGCUGGACAAGCUGAAGAAGGAGAGGUCACAGAAGCAGUUUCAGCUGGACUCCUUAGAAGCUGCCCUGCAGAAACAGAAACAAAAGGUGGACAGUGAACGGUCAGAGAUCUCUUCUUUGAAAAGAGAAAACCAGUCUUUAGUAGAGUCAUGUGACUCCGUGGAGAAAGCUCGCCAAAAGGCCUCUCAUGACCUCGGAGUCAAAGAGCAGCAGGUGAGCUACCUGGAGGGUCAGCUUAACUCCUGCAGGAAGACCAUAGAGCGACUGGAGCAGGAGCUUAAGAAGUACAAAAAUGAACUAGAUCGUUCUCAGCCUGCCGGCUCAGCCUCCUUAUCGUCCUCCUCAGUUGACCUGCAGCCCUACACAACUCCACAGAAGAGUUUUGCUACUCCAGCACCCGUCCAAGCCUACAGACAGCAGGAUAAUAGACUUGAGGAGCUUCAGGAGAAAUACAACCAGGAGGUAGAAGAAAGAAAAAGACUGGAGACAGAACUGAAAGUCUUGCAGGUCAAACUGCUGAGUCAGUCAUCAGUCAGUGUAAGCCACAAGGACAUUGCUGCCCGCCAGGCUGGGUCCUCCAUAUUCCCAUGGCAACAGCAGGAUCAGGCCCACAGUCGACAAUCUCAGGGUGCAUUGGAGACGCCUUUGAAGAGGCGAGGGGCAUCCCUGUGGGACGCCCACGAAGAGACACCAAUCAAGCCCAACCAGCGGAUGAGCUGCUCCAUACCAGUGCAGAGUCCCAGUGGAUCCUCCCAACAGAUGGAGCAGCUAAAGACUCUCAAUCAAGAGCUGCGUGGUCGUGUGUCAGAGCUGGAGAGGAAUCUGUCUAAUCAGGAGAAGGAAAUUCGUAACCAGGCUUCCAAACUGCAAGAACUACAAACUCAACUGAAUCAGGCCCGCAAAGACCUUAGUGAACGGGACAGAGACCUGGCCAAGACUAAACAUGAGCUGAGUCAGGCCACAGACAGACACCAGCAGGUUGAAGCCAAGUGUUCUUCAGUUGAGCAGAAGCUUAAACAAGUCACAGAGGAGAUGAGCUGUCAGAGGCACAACGCUGAAAGCUGCAAACGAGCCCUGGAGCAGAAACUCAAGGACCAAGAGAGAGACAGUCAGAAGGAACUUGCCCAGCUGCAGAGUUCACAUCAGGCUUUGGAUCAGCAGCUGAACCAGACCAGAACCAAGCUGACACAAGAGAUACAACAGUCCAAAAAAGACAACAACGUCCUGCAGGCUGACAUGGAGAAGAUGUGCGUCCAGAAGGGUCAGGUGGAGAAAGAGAUGGAGGAGCAGAAACAGAGACUGUUGCGUUCAGAGCAAAGCCUGCAGGCCAGCCAGACCAAAGAGCAGGAUCUCCGCAAGAAGAUGGAGGAGCUGCAGAAAGAGAAGAACAGCGUGACUGUCCAGUUAGACCAGUGUAACAGGCGCCUGACUCAACUGGAAGAAGAGAAGAAGAGCUCAGAACAGAGCUUCAAACGCACACAGGGACUGCUGGAUGAUCUCAAAGCAAAAUCAGAAGGACAGGCAGAAGAGCUGAAGAGACUUCAGUCUAAACUGGAACAGCAGACGCAGGCUUCAGCUCGAGAGCUGGAAAACUUGAAGAAAACACUUUCUGAUGCAGAGACCAAAAAUGACAGAUCUCAGAAUGAACUCCAGAAACAGAAACAAGAGACAGAGAGGCUGAGCAACAGGUUGACAGUCCUGGAGAAGGAGAGUCAAGAGCUGAAAUCCAAUCUCACUGCGAGCCAGAAUGAGUGCACGAAACUGAAACAAGACCAUCAAGCUCUGCUGGAAUGGAAGACAGAGAAGGAGACCUUAAUUAAUGAAACCGAAGCUGUGCAAAAGGAGCUCACUGACAAAAUUAACGACUUGGAGAGUCGUCUCAGCUCUCUGAAUGAAGCUAAUGGUGAACUUCAGAAGAAGCUCACAUGUGCAGAGGGAGAAAAGGCCAAUCUCUCGUCUCACAUUGAUUCCUUGAAAGGAGAACUCCUCAACAAGAGCAUGGAGUUGGAAGAGAAAGAGCAUCAGUACAAAGAGCUUCAGUCUCAGUUCUCUGAGGCUGGACAGAAGCACACCAAAGACCUGGAGAAUGUUGGCGUGCAGGUGGCUCAGCUUGAAGCACAGGUCAAAGGUCUGGAGUUACAGCUGCAAAAGGAAAUUUCUCGGGCAGAGUUUGCUGAAAGGACAAACACGGAGCUGCAGGAGGAGCACCAGGCAGCCUGCGACCUGGUGCGCUCUAAAGACCAGCUGGUAGAGUUGGGCCAGGCUGAGAUCAGCCAGCUGAGGGAAAGUCUCACACAGGCCACUGCACAGCAGGAGGAGCAAAAUGCCAGACUGGCAGAGGAAAAGGCAGCCCUGCUAAAGCAGUGUGAGGAAAGUGUUUCAGCGAAGGUGGAGGAGACUGAACACAUCAAGCUGCAGAUGGAGGAGGUCCAGCAAGAGCUGCUGUUUACCAAAAACCAGAUCAGUUCCAUGGAGCAGUUCCUGAAGGUCCAGGAGCAACUGGGAGCUGAGCUGCAGAAGCAAAUUAAGACGAUGUCGGAUGGGGAAGAAGAAAUGAAAAAGAUGUACGAGACGAAAUCAGAAGAGCUGAAGCAGUUAGAAAAGGAACUGAAAGAUCAGCGGAGCCAGACAGAAGAGACGGAGAAGCAGCUCAGAGAGGCUGAAGCUCAGAUCCUGUCUGCGGAGAAACAAAAGGAUGAGCUGCAAAUUUUGGCUCAAGAAAUAAAGAAGGAAUCAGAGAUCCUCCAGCGUGGUCAGACUGAGAAGAUCAACACCCUGCUGGAUCAGGUUUCUUCCUUAGAAGAAAAGAUGGCAGCGAACAAAGAUGCAGCAGAGAAGCUUGCUGUCUUGAAGAAUGACCUCGAUGUGGUAAAUCAGUCUUAUGCUGACCUUAAAAUGACCCUAGAAGCUCUGGAGAAGAGUCACUCGUCCACAGAAGAAAUCAAGUCUAACCUGGAGAACACCUUGGCCACGAAAACUGACCUGAUCUCUGCUUUGGAAAAAGAGAUUAAAGAUCUGACGGAGAAGAUGAGUAAAGAGUCAGAGAGCCGUGCUUUAGAAAUUGAAAAUCACGUCAAUAAAGAGAAAAGCCUUAAAGAGCAGCUUGAUGCAGCGAAGAAAACAAUAAGUGCUGCCAAAGCCGAAUCAAGUUCUCGUCGGGAGGAGAUCAAGACCAUGAAGACGACUCUGUCUGCUGCUUCACGUGGUUUGGAAGAAAGAGACAACACGAUAAAGAGUCUGAAGCAGAAGCUGAAUGAAGCAGAGGCAGAGCAGGCCAAAACCUCUGAUCUCCUAAAGGAGAAGGUGGUUGCCAUGAACAAAAUCAAGGUGCAGCUAGAGAUGCUGCAGAUGGACCUGGAGGACAACGAGACAGCCAUGAACUCUUUUGACAGUCAGACAGAGGAGCUAAAGGGAACUAUAGAGUCACUGGAGGCUCAGCUUGCUCAGAACAAGUUCCAGAUGUCGGACAUGGAGGCCAGGCUGGAGGAAAGCAAAGCCCAGGUCUCUGUCUUGGAAACCCGCUUGGAUGAGGUCCAAUCCCAGAACUCUGUGCUGGAGACAAAGUAUGUCACAGCAAAGGAGGAGUUAUUUGAGAGGAGCUGUGAAGUAAGUCGUCUGGAAGAGGAUGCUGUCAAACGAAACCAGCUGGAAGAGACGGUUGCCACAUUAGAGUCUCAACUUAGUCAGAUGACAGAAGAGAAUGCCAACUUAGAGACAAGUCUCAGGCAGAUAGCUCAGGACAAAGACAACAGUGUCAACCAGUUACUCCAAGAGAAAAACAACCUUGAGACUUCUUUGCAACAGUUAACGCAUGACAAACAGCAAGUUGAAACUGAAAAUAUUCAAAUAUAUGCAGAGAAGAAACAGCUGGAGGCCAGUUUAGAAGAGCUAUCUGUGGAGAACAAACAACUGCAGACCAGCGUUCAGCAGUUAACUGAAGAAAAGCAGCAAAUAGAGGCCAAGAUCGAUGAAAUGACUGCUGAGAAACAUGAGGCCGAGUUGGCCCUUAGUCAGGUCAUUGAGGAGAAAGCCCAGCUUGAUGUUACCCUGAAUCUGAUAAAGGAGGAAAGAAGUGAACUUGAGAAUCAACUCUCCGCAUUAACCUCUGAGAAAAGUGACUUGGUGAUUAAAUUAAAUCAAGUAGUGGAGGAAAAGCUUCAGCUCGAAUCUAUUUACAAUCAGUUGUCUGAAGACAACAUCAAACUACAGUCUCGUGUCGAUGAAGUAACUGAAGAGAAGCUUCAGUUACAAGGAAGCAUAGAGAAGCAUGAAAAUGAGGUGGCUUCUCUUCGAGAGGAGAACGAGAGUAUUCAGGGCUCCCUCCUGACCUCCGAACAAGAACGUCAGAGGCUGAAGGAGCAGCUUGAGAUGAGGGAUGAGAGGACUGAGGAGGACAACAAAGAGCGGAACCAGCAGUUUGAGGCAGAACAGGCCGAGCUGCACCACAAGCUGGCGGUCUUACAGAAGGAGCUGACUGUGUUCAAGCAUCAGUACGAUUCACUGCUGGAACAGGUGGACCAACAGCACAGCCUCAUACAGCAGCUCUCAGAAUCACAGGGAACCCAGAACCCUGCAGAACAGAUCAGCCACAUGGAGACCGAGGAGACAGACAGCGGUGCUGAAGCUGCAGGACAGAUUGAUGUCGAGUCAGAAACUGAAACAAGCAUCAGCACCAGUACAGAGUCUCUGCCAGUGGAGGAGCAGUGUGUGGCGUCUGAACUGAGUGAACCUUUUCACCAGUUUAAUGAGACUUCCAGUGAGACUGAGCUGAUCUGCAAGGUAGACACCACUGAGCAGGAGAUUAUCCAGGAAGUGGAGGAGGAGAGGGAGACAAGUGCAGCUGUUGUCGAGGAGAUAAGGGAGGACGAGCAACAUCUUCCUCAGCAGGCUUCUGAGGACAACUGUAGUCUCAGAGAUGUUUCUGAAAAUGAGCCUGAAAUCUUUGACCUGUCUUCACAAUCUUCACCCCUGACUGAGAUGAGAGAGUCAAAAUCCUCUGUUACAGAGUCAUCCCAGGUACAUGAUGAUUUCAACCAUUACAAGGAGAUGAUCUCAAAGCAGGAAAAUGAACUUGAGACCCUGCGCUCAGAGUUCAACCUACUGAGCUCUGACCUGGAACUGAGAAAAGAGUUGAACUCUGAACUGCAAGUUCAAGUUCAAAAUCUGGAGAAGAAAGUUCAGGCUGCAGAGGAGGAGGCACGUGGUGCAACAUGUCAGCUGAAAAAUGCUCUGGAGGCAAAGAAAGGCCUUGCUGACGAGUUGACCCAGCUGUCGGAGGGGAAUGAGACAUUAACUCUGCAGCUGCAAACAGCUAAAUGUCAGCUGACUGAUGUUAUGGAGAUGCUGGAAGGACUUGAGAUGGCUAAAGGUGGAUGGGACGAGAAGUUUCUCCAGCAGGAAAGUGAGCUGAAGAGGGUUCGCUCUGAGAAAGCCAACCUGGAGCAGCACAUCCUGGGAAUGGAAUCAGAGCUGGAGACCAUGCAGGGGGAGAGGACCAGACUGAGGGAUGAAAUGGAGACCCAGAAGAAGACUGGUUCAGGCAUGGAGCAACAGAUAGAAACACUAAUGACAGAGACCACCCAGCUGAGAUCUGAACUUGUGUCGUGCUCUGAGGAGCGAGACGAGUUAAGCCAGUCUUUGGGCCAGUGGAGAGAGAAAGUUCAUAGUCUGGAGAAGACUAACGGUGACACCAGAAACCUAAUUUCCAUCCUGGAGGACGACAUCAGAGCUGGAAGGAAGGAGUACGAAGCCGUGCAAAGCAACAUGGAGAAACUGAAGACAGAGAGGCAACAGCUUAUGGAGCAGGUUAAGGUCCUGGAGCAGGCAGUCUCUCAACAGUGUGGAGAAAGAGAGGAGCUUAUUGGCCAUCUUAACCAGAUAAAAGAAGACCACACCUCCGCUAAUCAAAACACUGAGUCCAUGGUCGGCAAGAUACAGGCUUUGGAAGGAGAAGUUUGUCGCCUUUCACAGUCUCUCGAGUCCUCUCUGCUAGAAAAAGGAGAGAUUGCCUCUCGCCUGAACUCCACACAAGAUGAGGUUCGGCAGAUGAGAACUGGUAUUGAAAAGCUCCAGGUUCGCAUUGAGUCAGAUGAGAGGAAGAAAAAGAAGAUGGGAGAACUGCUCAAAGCUGCCCAGAGAAAGUCUGACUCACUGCAAGAUCGCAUUGACGCCCUGGAGCGAGAAAAAGAGGAUGUAGAGCAAAGUCUGGAGGAUGCUGUUCUACAGGCUGAAACAGCCAAAGAUGAGCUCGAGGAGGAAAGGAGAAAGGUAGAGGAAGAAAAGAAAGAGCUUAGUGAGAAACUAUCAGAGCUCUCUGCCACACUGGACAACCUGAGAUCUGAGAAAGAACACAUGGAGAGAGAGCUGGAAACAAAAAACAGAGAGAUAGAGGAGUUAAAAGCAGCUAAAGAGGAGCUGGAGAGAGGAUUGGAGAAGGCAGAGGUAGACCGAAGAGAGGAGGAGGAAAAACAGAAAUACAUGGUCGAAGAGCUGGAGAAAGGGAUGAGAGAGGAAACAGAGAGACAAAUAAAACGAGUCGAUGACCUCCAAGCACAGCUGGAAGCCUCUCGGCAAAGAGAGACUUUGCUUGAACAAAAGCUUGCUGAAAAAGAAGAGGAGAAAGACAGGAUGCAGUCUCUGUUAGUAGAGUUGGAGAAGGAGAAACAACAUCUGCUGAGUUCUCUGCAGGAGUUGCAGACAGAGGCAGGGAGGCUUCAAUCUCAGGGAGAGGAGUGGGAGAAGGAAAGAAACAAUCUGAGCACUCAUAUUGCGGCACUGGAAGAGGAAAUUCAGGAGCUUAAAACACUCAUAAAAGCUAAAGAGGAAGAGAGAGAUGUUUUGGAAAAGGAGAGGGAGAAUGAGGCUGAUCAGAGACAAGCCUCAGUACAGUCAAUCUCAUCUCUUAUGGCAGAGAAAGAACAGAUAGAAAGAGAAAACAAACAGCUGAUGGAGGAAAAAGAGAAACUGCACUCCACCCUGUUAUCAUUACAGCAAGAGGGAGAUAACCUUCGCUGCACUCUGGCAUCUGUAGAGGAGGAGAAAGAAAGACUAGAUCAGGAGAGAAGUGUGUUGGCAGAUGAGAAAGAAAAGCUUCAGUCAGGCCUCUCCUUGAUAGAAAAGGAGAAACAUGAGUUACAACAAAAUCUUUCUUCAUCAAAGCAAGAGAAGGAGAUAAUAGAGGAGGAGAGACAGAAGUUGGAGGCUGAAAAACAACACCUGCAAUCUUCCCUUUCUUUGAUCGAAGAAGAGAAAAAGCAGCUGACUUCAGCUGUUUCCUCACUGGAACAAGAAAAACAACAAGCAGAGGAGGAGAAAGAGAAGCUCAAAGCAGAACAAGAGAGUCUUCAGACAACAGUCGCCUCCACUGAGAAGGAAUUGGAAACAAACAAACUGUCCGUCUCACAGCUCAACGAACAGGUAUCUGAGUUGACGUCUCGUGCUGCUCGUCUGUCUAAAGAGAGAGACUCUGCCCUGAGCAAGAUGAGUCUUUGGAUGAAGUCCUGCAAACAGCUGGAGCAGGAGAAGCAAAUGAUGUUAAACAGCUCAGGAGGAAAGGGUAGUGAGGAGGUCCAGGCUGAAGUGACCCAGCUGAGGAUGGAGGCAGAGGAGAGAAAGAAAGACGCAGAAGACCUGAAGAAAGCCCUGGAGAAGAAGACGACAGAGGCUGAAGAAAGACUGAUGGAGUCACAAGAGAACAACAAGGAGCUGAAGGACCUUAAGGCCGCCCUCGAUGGACAGAAGAAGGAAAUGGAGGAGAAGGAGAGGAAACUGGAGGAAAUAAAGAGCGAGCUGGAUGAACUGAACAACCUUCUGGAGGAGAAAAGUAAAGAGGCUGAUGACAGCAUGGAUAAAUACUGCAGCCUGAUGGUUCAAGUCCACAAACUGGAGGAGACCAAUGACGCACUGAACACACGACUGGAACAGAUUACUGCUGGUCAGCGUACUGAUGAAGCCAACAGCCUCUCCAGCAGCACCGACAGCCGCCGGCGCUCAGGAAGGAAGUCCUCCCCCAACAACACAGAGAACGUGGCUCCUCAGAGGUCUCCUCAGGGCUCCUCAGGGAAACGAGGUCACCGUGACAUCAGUGACAAAGACAGCGCCCAGGAGGCCCUGCACAACCUGACAAAGAAGAUCAAAGCUAACGCCAUGACGACACCCAAACCAAAAGCUGAACAGGACGAUGAAGAGUUCAGGCCAGAGGGGCUUCCUGAGCUGGUACAGAAAGGGUUUGCUGAUAUUCCCCUGGGGGAGGCCAGUCCAUUCAUCAUGAGAAGAACCACAGCAAAGCGCUGCAGUCCCCGGCUGGCUGCCAGACAGACUCCUCUCACAUCUGCACCUGAUGGCAAGGUUUUGGGGCCCAUUUCUCUCCAGAGUCCCUCCACUGGUCCGCCAACAGACGGCUCCAGCAAGAAGCGUCUUUCCCCGAGUGGCGGGGAGAAACCUGGACACCGUUCACGGAGUCUACUGAGGACACCAGAGCAGAAAGAGAAACAACUUGUCGGACAGCAAACACAACAAGGAGACAACUGUCAAGUCCAGUAGAUCAAUUUACACACUCAGUCUUGCACAUACAAAUGUACACAAGCACACCGUAGAUAUUAACAGAUAUUAACACUCCAUGUUUAAAAAAAAAAGAAAAAGAAAAAGACAUUUAUUUGAAAACUAAAAUCCCACCUGAUAGUCUUCAACACUUAGAAUGCACCUUUUCUUUGUGAGGCUGUGCGUCAUUUCUGGGUAAGCCACUUUCCUCGAGGACUUGAAAAGCCUCUACCUGUUCUCAUUGUGGGUUGAUAGUCAUGACAACAUAAAUCAGUAAGCCAGUAAUGUGCUGAGGCAGGUUAAAGAGGAGUGGGUUGCUGUCCGAGUGCUGAUCUUCUCCGUAGCACUGUUUUUAAUCCAACAUUUUCAUGCCUCUGAAUGUAAACCAGCCGUAUGUGUUCACUCGUCUGUCUCAUCUUCACCACUUUGUAUUUUUGUCAUCAGUUUCUUUGUGUCGUUGCCACUGACUUCCUGGACUUUAUUUUCUUUUGUACUUUCCCUGUGCUGGUUUGUGUGUUAGUAAUAUCUACGUAGUGGCGCCUCCCUACGCUUCCCCCACCUGUUAGGCCUGUAACAUAUCACCUGAAUACUAAUGGCAGCUAAGACUUUCUGCUCAGUUUUUAUAUUUUCUAGAUGUUUUGAUAGGAUGUUUCUGUUGUUAUUUAGGCAUCGAUCAAUGUUUGUGAUCACUGUAAAUAGUAAAUGAUGCAUAACAGCUUUUUUAGUAAACCUUUUUUUAUCUGCUUCUUACA